GCGGGGCCGCCCUUCCUGUGGACAACGACAGCUGAGGCCGGGAGCGGGGAGGCGGCGGCUCCAGGGACCUGGCGGCCGCCGAUCGGGGCUGCGAGGCCCCAUGGCGCCGCCCCCAGCCCCGCUCCUGGCGCCGAGGCCCGGGGAGACCCGGCCUGGUUGCAGGAAGCCCGGGACUGUGAGCUUCGCGGACGUGGCCGUGUACUUCUCCCCGGAGGAGUGGGGCUGUCUGCGGCCCGCGCAGAGGGCUCUGUACCGGGACGUGAUGCAGGAGACCUACGGCCACCUGGGCGCGCUCGGAUUCCCAGGCCCCAAACCAGCCCUCAUCUCUUGGAUGGAACAGGAGAGUGAGGCUUGGAGCCCCGCCGCCCAGGAUCCUGAGAAGGGGGAAAGACUGGGAGGAGCUCGGAGAGGAGAUGUCCCAAACAGGAAGGAAGAGGAACCCGAGGAAGUCCCAAGAGCCAAAGGGCCUAGAAAGGCUCCUGUGAAGGAGAGUCCUGAAGUGCUGGUGGAACGCAACCCUGACCCAGCUAUUAGCGUGGCCCCGGCACGGGCACAGCCACCCAAAAAUGCUGCCUGGGACCCGACCACAGGAGCACAGCCCCCGGCACCCAUACCCAGCAUGGAUGCUCAGGCCAGCCAGCGGCGCCACGUGUGCACGGACUGCGGCCGCCGCUUCACCUACCCCUCACUGCUGGUCAGCCACAGGCGCAUGCACUCGGGGGAGCGGCCCUUCCCCUGCCCCGAGUGUGGCAUGCGCUUCAAGAGGAAGUUCGCAGUGGAAGCGCACCAGUGGAUCCACCGCUCCUGCUCCGGGGGGCGGCGGGGCCGGAGGCCUGGGAUCCGGGCUGUGCCUCGGGCCCCCGUCCGAGGUGACCGGGACCCGCCUGUGCUCUUUCGGCACUACCCAGACAUCUUCGAGGAGUGCGGCUGAGCGGCACCGCAGGCUGGAGUUGAGCCUGACCUUGGCACGAAGGACUGACGGAUCCCUGAGGUGGGCCACUGAGUCGGGGACUCCGGAACUGAAAUUCAUGCCCUGGGCUUUCCUCAAGGAUCCCUCAAGUUUCCAACUUGUAAAAAGAAAAGUGCCUGUAAAGAUUCGAAUAGAUUAGACUUGCCACCCAUCUCCCCAGUCUUUUGUUUAACAAAAAAAAAAAAAAAAGAAGAGAAUGAGACCCUGGACUCAUUUCAAAGUGUUAUCUGAAGAUCAGGUGCAACAGAGACCUUUAUAUCAUCUCAGGAACUAGCCACUCCUUAUCUAUUUCAGAUGCAGAUGCUGAGGGGGACCAGGGCCUGGGGAGGGGACCUACAUGGAGGGCGUGGUCAAACCCUGGCUAAUUGUCAGCAGCAGGGGACCCAGACACUGGAGUGGAUGGGAGUAGAAUAGAUGCAGGUGGCACAAAUCCAGCCUCUGUUGGGAGACCAAGGAGGGAGGAUCGUUUGAGUCCAGGAGUUCAGACCAGCCUGAGCAACAGGCUAUCUAGCGAUAUCUAGAUAUCUAGGAUACCACUAUCUAGAGAUAGUGAAAUCCUAUCUCUACAAAAAAAAAAAAAAAAAAAAAAGAACCAGGCAUAGUGGCACAUCGUGCCUGUGGUCCCAGCCACUUGGGUGGCUGAGGUGGGAGGACUGCUUGAGCCCAGGAGUUCAAGGCUACAGUGAGCUAUGAUUGUGCCACUGUACUACAGUCUGGGCAACAGAGCAAGACUUCAUUUCUUUCUUUUUUUUUUUUUUUUGAGACAAGGUCUCACUCUGUCACCAAGGGUGGAGUACAGUGGCGCCAUCUCAGCUCACUGCAACCUCUGCCUCCCGGGUUCAAGCAAUUCUCCUGCCUCAGCCUCCUGAGUAGCUGGGAUUACAGGUGCACGCCACCAUGCCCAACUAAUUUUUGCAUUUUCAGUAGAGACGGGGUUUCACAUGUUAGCCAGGCUGGUCUCAAACUCCUGACCUCAGGUGAUCCACCCACCUUGGCCUUCCAAAGUGCUGGGAUUACAGGCAUGUGCCACUGCACCUGGCCAAGACUCCAUUUCUUAGAAGAAAAAAAAAAAAAAAAAGCUGGCGCCAUGGCUCAUGCCUGUAAUCCUAGCACUUUGGGAGGCCGAGGUGGGCAGAUCACCUGAGGUCAGGAGUUUAAGACCAGUGGCCAACAUGGUGAAACCCCGUCUCUACUAAAACACAAAAAUUAGCUGGGUAUGAUGGUGGGUGCCUGUAAUCUUAGCUACUCAGGAGGCUGAGAUGGGAGAAUUGCUUGAACCCAGGAGACAGUGGUUGCUGUGAACCGAGAUUGCGCCACUGCACUCCAGCCUGGGCAGCUGCGUGAGACUCCGUCUCAAACAAACAAAACAAAACAAAAACUAGUCUCUGCAACUUACCCCAGGCACAGCUGGUAAGUCACGUGAACCUCCUGAGUCUCAGUGCCUCCUCUGUAAAAUGAAGAUGAAUAAUAUCUACCUCAAAGGGUUACCGUGGAGACUGACAUUUUAACAAGAUGUAUGACAUAGUAAUUGUGCAAUACGCAUUUGUUGAAAGAGUGAAUUACUGUGGAUGGUCUACACUUUAGAAAGUGUAAAGAAGCCUGCCAGGGAGCCAGGGCAUGGAUAUCAAUAACUAUGUUUGCAGAUAAGUAAACUGAGACUCAGAGAGAUAA